GAAGAAGGUCCCGGGAACUGACGACCCCGCGGAGUGCGAUCGCUCAUCAGCCGCCGGGAAGGCCCUAUCCGAGCCGCGAGCGAUCUGCAGCGAACAGAGGUGAGAGGAGGAGCCCGCGCCAUUCCCCUAGCCGCUAAAGCUGCACCACCCUGAACGUGUCCACUUCCCUGCCUCUCUUCCUAUGAGCCUCGGCUCCUUGCAGAUCCCACCGUCUCAGCUGUGGACAUGUACAAGGGACCCCUCCCGGAGUCCAGAUGACGCUCCUGCCCAUGGCUUCGUUGAUGGCUGCGACAGAACCAAAAUGGGUCUCGGUCUGGAGCCGCUUCCUAUGGCUGGUGCUGCUCAGCACAGUGCUGGGGUCCCUGCUGGCCCUGUUGCUGCCACUGGGGGCCGUCGAGGAGCAGUGUCUGGCCAUACUCAAAGGCUUCUACCUGCUCAGGAGCCAGCUGGACACAGCACAGCAGGUGGUCACCAAGCACACGAGUCCGUCCACUGAGCUCAGUGUCUCCUCCAGGGAUGCUGGGCUGCUGGUGCUCAAGACCAAGGCUUCCCCAGCUGCUAAGUUGGAGGCCAGAGCAGCCUUGAACCAGGCCCUGGAAAUGAAACGCCAUGGCAAGCGGGAUAAAGCCCACAAACUGUUCCUGCAUGCGCUCAAAAUGGACCCAGACUCGGUAGAUGCGCUCACCGAGUUCGGCAUCUUCUCGGAGGAAGACAAGGACAUCAUCCAGGCAGAUUACCUGUACACCCGGGCACUGACCAUCGCACCCUACCACGAGAAGGCACUGGUGCACAGAGACCGUACGCUGCCCCUGGUGGAGGAGAUCGACCAGAGGUACUUCAGCAUCAUCGACAGCAAGGUCAAGAAGGUCACAGCCAUCCCCAAGGGUAGCUCGGCCCUGCGCAGGGUCAUGGAGGAGACGUACUAUCACCACAUCUACCACACGGUCGCCAUCGAGGGCAAUACCCUCACCCUCUCAGAGAUCAGGCACAUCCUGGAGACCCGCUAUGCUGUGCCAGGGAAGAGCCUGGAGGAGCAGAACGAGGUCAUCGGCCUGCACGCAGCCAUGAAGUACAUCAACACCACACUGGUGUCCCGUAUAGGCUCUGUCACCAUCACCGACGUGCGGGAGAUCCACCGGCGGGUGCUGGGGUACGUAGAUCCUGUGGAAGCCGGCCGUUUUCGGACAACGCAGGUGCUGGUGGGCCACCACAUCCCUCCCCACCCCCAGGAAGUGGAAAAGCAGAUGGAGGAGUUCAUCCAGUGGCUCAACUCUGAGGAUGCCACUCACCUGCACCCAGUGGAGUUUGCCGCUCUCGCCCACUACAAGCUUGUCUACAUCCACCCCUUCAUCGAUGGCAACGGCAGGACCUCACGCCUGCUCAUGAACCUCAUUCUCAUGCAAGCGGGCUACCCUCCCAUCACCAUCCGCAAGGAGCAGAGAUCCGAGUACUAUCAUGUGCUGGAAGUGGCCAAUGAGGGCGACGUGAGGCCCUUCAUCCGCUUUGUUGCCCAGUGCACCGAGACCAUGCUGGACACGCUCCUGUUCGCUACAACGGAGCAUGCGGUGGCGCUGCCGGAAGCCAAGCCCAAUCACUCUAGGUUGAAGGAGACGCUUCCUGUGAAGCCCUGACCCUGUCUGUUUCUCCCUCAGCACUUCCCAAAGCAAGAGGGGUCCCUAAACAGUCUUUACCUCCAAACUUUUUUUUUUAAGGUAAAAAUGGAAAAACUAAAUUAUUAAGGCUUGUCUUCAAGAUAAUUUAUAAUUCAGCCGUUAUUUAUUGUCUUUCCCAUUACCAGUCACGCGGCCCCUGGCCUGCUGAUUUUUCCCAGCACACUUCCGAGGGGACGAUGCGCCUAUGGGACCAGAACCUGGGUUCUGGAGCAGAAUUUGCACUAAGAUGGAGGAGAGGGACAAGGUCUGAGAGGUGUGGCUUUCACUGGGAAGUGAGCACUCCUUGUCAGUGGGAGAACCUGGAUCGGGGUGAGAAGGUUAUAAGCUCCUUUCACAGAGGUUUUGCUCUGACAUUUUCUGCUUGUUUUCAAGAAGCCCCUGAGCACUAUUUCAGUUUAGCUUGCCAAUCUGAACACCAGAAGCUAUUGUUUUCCUUUAUUGAGAUUUUCUUUCCUAUGAAAAUCGCCAGGUUAACUUUACAUUUUUGUCUUUCCCACUUUCCUGACAGCCACUCAGAUCGUGUUUUUCUGAGGGUUCUCUGGGUUUGCCACCCCACAGCAGUACCGGGCCGGAACCUGGGCACUAUGCAAGUGGGUGUGUCUGUCCUUCACUCUCCAGGCAGCCCAGCCAAGACCAGAUGGCAUGAGGUGGGCAACAUUUCAGCGUCAGCUUCCACUGAACCAAGCACUUUGCAAGCAGCACUUGUCCCUUUGGCCGUGUCGCUUUACCUGUGUGUCAUGUCCUGCCUUCCCUCCCACAGCGCCUCAGGAGUGGCCUUAUUUUCCUAGCAUCUUGUAAAAUGGUACAAUGUGAUAUGGCCAAAUUCCCAAGUUGUCAUCUUGGGAAGCAGAAUAAACCUUGGCUUUUGAUACACACAGCUACUGCCAGUCAGGACCACGGGGCUAUACCCAGGAGAGGACUGGCGAUGCUGGGUGCUGGGCUGCCAGUGUCCACGCGUUGGGCGCUGUACGGAGCUGCCUCCGACUUCAGCUGCCAAGGGCACCACUCUGAUAGAGCAAGCAUCUGUGCAGUUAUGCAGUCAUAUAGAUUGCAGAGUACUUUUCUGGAAGGUUAAGAAAAGUUGAAGAGGGGUAGGAAGUAGCUCCAAGUGAUAGCCAAGACUUUCUAAGAAAUGUUUUUGCUGUUUUGAUGCUGCCGCAGGUAUUUCUUAAACCUUUACUAUAUCCUGCUUUAGUUUUGUAAGCAGACAAUUGAAGUCUGACACAAGUAUUUGCUUUGUACCACAGAAUUUGCACUUUAGUUAUUUGUGAAGGGUGUUAUUUUAACAUAAUACUGGUCCUAAUAAAGUAUUUU